AUGCGUGUAGCAAUAAUAGGUGCUGGUGCUGCGGGGUUAACGUCUGCAAGACAUGCUUUUUCCCGCGGCCAUGAUUGUACCGUUUUCGAAUUGGCGCCCCAACUUGGAGGAACAUGGGUUUACACGGACGAAGUUGGAUCUGAUCAAUAUGGAUUCCCUGUUUACUCUGCCAUGUACCAAGGACUUAGAACGAAUCUACCCAAAGAGGUUAUGGGAUUUCCCGAUUUUCCCAUACCGGAGCAACAAAAGUCGUACUUAUCGCAAGCCGAAAUUUUACACUUCCUAAACCUUUACGCCGAUCACUUCGACAUACGAAAACUGAUUAAGUUUAGCCAUCACGUGACCGAUAUAAGUCCUUUGGAUAAUGGAAAAUGGAAGAUAACCGCGAUAAAUAAACCGACCAAAGAAGAAGUUACGAGCAUUUUUGAUGCAGUUAUGAUAUGCAAUGGUCAUUAUAAUCAACCAAUCUAUCCGAAAUUACCGGGCCAGAACAAGUUUAAAGGAAGGCAACUUCACAGUCACCACUACCGUUCUCCGGAUCCUUUUAAGGGCAAUAAUGUCCUUGUAAUCGGAGCAGGACCUUCUGGGUUAGAACUCACGUUAAAAAUAUCGGAUGUGGCUGAAAAGGUGGUACUUAGUCAUCAUUCCAAAGAACCCAUUACCACCAAGUAUCCCUCAAAUGUGGAACUCAAACCUGAUGUUCGAUGUAUUCGUGAAAAGGAAGUAGAAUUUAUAGACGGGACUUGUUGUUGUUUCGACGCGAUAUUUUAUUGUACAGGGUAUGAAUACAGUUUUCCCUUUCUUAACAAAUCCUGCGGGAUAACUGUAGAUGACAACCACAUUCAACCACUUUACAAACACAUGAUUCAUAUGAUGAAACCAACCAUGUGCUUUAUUGGAAUACCUUUUAAUGUGUGCGCUUUUCAAAUGUUCGAUUUACAGGCUCGUUUCUACGUUAAGUAUCUUGAUGGGGACCUAAAGUUACCAUCAGAAGAAGAAAUGCGUGAAGACACUGAAAAAGACAUGCAAUUAAGAUGGGAAAAGGGGUACAAUAAACGUCAGGCCCAUAUGAUGGGACCAGGACAACGUUCCUAUUACAAUGACCUAGCAACGAUGGCAAAUCUUAUUCCUAUCGAUCCCGUAAUAGUUAAAUUAAGGGACGAAAGCGUUAAGAGAUUACAUACUGACCUUAUGACCUUCCGAGAAGACAGGUACAAAAUUGUCGAUAAAGAAACAUUCGUAAAAGUUUAUUAAUUAGAUUUUUUAUCUUACACUUUUCUUUAUUGUUAUUCGUUACCCUACUGUACUUAAUCAAUGUUCAUUUGUUAUAUAUGAAUCACUGUAUUUAUCUGCAAAUAUAAAUAUAUACCUACUUAUCUAUAAAAAUAAAGAAAGAAAAAUAACAUUA